AAAGAAAAAGAAAAAAGACAGAGAAACAACACCCAACAACUAGAGGGGGGAGAAAGAAAGAAAAGAAACCCACCCACCCACCAAAAAAAAAAGAAAAAAAAAUCCUGUGGCGCGCCGCCUGGUUCCCGGGAAGACUCGCCAGCACCAGGGGGUGGGGGAGUGCGAGCUGAAAGCUUCUGGAGAGUGAGCAGCCCUAGCAGGGAUGGACAUGAUGCUGUUGGUGCAGGGUGCUUGUUGCUCGAACCAGUGGCUGGCGGCGGUGCUCCUCAGCCUGUGCUGCCUACUACCCUCCUGCCUCCCGGCUGGACAGAGUGUGGACUUCCCCUGGGCGGCUGUGGACAACAUGAUGGUCAGAAAAGGGGACACGGCGGUGCUUAGGUGUUAUUUGGAAGAUGGAGCUUCAAAGGGUGCCUGGCUGAACCGGUCAAGUAUUAUUUUUGCGGGAGGUGAUAAGUGGUCAGUGGAUCCUCGAGUUUCAAUUUCAACAUUGAAUAAAAGGGACUACAGCCUUCAGAUACAGAAUGUAGAUGUAACAGAUGAUGGCCCAUACACGUGUUCUGUUCAGACUCAACAUACACCGAGAACAAUGCAGGUGCAUCUCACUGUGCAAGUUCCUCCGAAGAUAUAUGACAUCUCAAAUGAUAUGACCAUCAAUGAAGGAACCAAUGUCACCCUCACUUGCUUGGCCACUGGGAAGCCAGAGCCUUCCAUUUCAUGGCGGCACAUCUCCCCGUCAGCAAAACCAUUUGAAAAUGGACAAUAUUUGGACAUUUAUGGAAUUACCAGGGACCAGGCUGGAGAAUACGAAUGCAGUGCAGAAAAUGACGUGUCGUUCCCAGAUGUGAAAAAAGUAAAAGUUGUCGUAAACUUUGCUCCUACGAUUCAGGAAAUUAAAUCUGGCACGGUGGCCCCCGGACGCAGUGGAUUGAUAAGAUGUGAAGGUGCAGGUGUCCCGCCUCCAGCCUUUGAAUGGUACAAAGGAGAAAAGAAGCUCUUCAAUGGCCAACAAGGAAUUAUCAUUCAAAAUUUCAGCACAAGAUCUAUUCUCACUGUUACCAAUGUGACACAGGAGCACUUCGGCAACUAUACUUGUGUGGCUGCCAACAAGCUAGGCACAACCAAUGCGAGCCUGCCUCUCAACCCUCCAAGUACAGCCCAGUAUGGAAUUACCGGGAGCGCCGACGUUCUUUUCUCCUGCUGGUACCUUGUGUUGACACUGUCCUCUUUCACCAGCAUAUUCUACCUGAAGAAUGCCAUUCUACAAUAAAUUUAAAGACCCAUAAAAGGCUUUUAAGGAUUCUCUGAAAGUGCUGAUGGCUGGAUCCAAUCUGGUACAGUUUGUUAAAAGCAGCGUGGGAUAUAAUCAGCAGUGCUUACACGGGGAUGAUCGUCUUCUGUAGAAUUGCUCAUUAUGUAAAUACUUUAAUUCUACUCUUUUUUUGAUUAGCUACAUUACCUUGUGAAGCAGUACACAUUGUCCUUUUUUUAAGAUGUGAAGGCUCUGAAAUUACUUUUAGAGGAUAUUAAUUGUGAUUUCAUGUUUGUAAUCUACAACUUUUCAAAAGCAUUCAGUCAUGGUCUGCUAGGUUGCAGGCUGUAGUUUACAAAAACGAAUAUUGCAGUGAAUAUGUGAUUCUUUAAGGCUGCAAUACAGGCAUUCAUUUCCCUGUUUCAAUAAGAAUCAAUCCACAUUUUAAAAGAUGCAUUUUUUUCUUUUUUGAUAAAAAAGCAAAUAACAUUGCCUUCAGAUCAUCUCUUCAAAAUAUAACACAUAUCUAGAUUUUUCUGCUCGCAUGAUAUUCAGGUUUCAGGAAUGAGCCUUGUAAUAUAACUGGCUGUGCAGCUCUGCUUCUGUUUCCUGUAAGUUCAGCAUGGGUGUGCCUUCAUAAAAUAAUACUUUUCUCUUCGUCUCCAAAAACAUUUUACCAAAUCCUACAAUUGAAAGCAAAACAACAACAACAAAAAAGAAACCACAGUGAUAAAGUUAAACUAUAUCCUAUCUCUAAAGAAGGAAUAAGCUGUUGGACUGUAAAAACUUAUUCCUUCAUUAUCAAUGAGGUUUGAGAAUUUUGCCCCACAAUAACUCAGAUUUGUGAAGGAAAACAACAGGUAAAUUUACCAUAUGUCUUUAUUUGUAGCUAAACGUUAGAAAAACUUUGGGAAAUAAUUCCCUUUAUAAAGACAGUCGAUCAAAGGGAUUGCCUAGCAAUCCAACAUCUUUUCCUCUCACUGUUCCAAGCCAAAAUUUUAAAGAUGGUUUUUCAGAAAGGAUAUACAAAGUUCAAUCACCUAACACUAUAUCAGUUGGUAAGCACUCAAAAUUAAUUUGGUUCUGUGGCAGGUAAGUUGGUAAGAUAAGGUGUUCCUCUGGAGAAGAGCAUUUUGCAUAUUUUUUAUCUGGAAACAUCACCCAGUUGAUAGUUUGGAAAGCAUGUUAUAUAAAAAAAAAAUCAAACUAUAUUAUAACAAAUAUUCCAUGCUGGUAUGGAGCAGAUCAAUCUCUGAAAUAACUAAUUCUAUAGUAAAAUAUUUCUCUAUAGCCAUGUCAGCUCAAACAAGUAAGGCCAAAAAGAAAAAAAAUGACCAUGCUUUAUUUUUUCUUACAUGACAUAUGUAGACAAAUGAAGACAAGUGAUGAGAAUAUCUUAAGAUAUAUUAAUUAUAAAAUUAUCAUGAAUAUUAAAUUAUUUCUAUUAUAAAAAAUCAAAACUACAUUUUUGAAGGAAAAUGCUGUUACUUUAAGAAGCAUUACAUAACAAAAAUAGUUUGAUGGUUUUACUUUUACUAAAGACCAUACUCUUGAAAGCCAUUUUACAAACUUGAUGAAGUUACCAAUUUCACUACACCUAGAGAGACUUCUGCAAAUAGACAGUCACCUUUUGCAAAUCAUAAAAACAACAAAAAACACCCACUAAUAAAGUUAGAUGCAAGAAAUUUCACAGAAGUUGUACAUAUUUAAGAUAACUAAUAUUUUGCCCUGAAAGAGAUAACUUGAAAAUCAUGAUUUUUCCAAGUAAAAUUUAGUCCCAAAAUACACCAUAAAUCUAAUUAGAAAAAUGAAUCCUAAAUGAGGAGGCAUAAAUAUACAAUGUUUCCAUAAAAUGGCAAUAAUAUGGCAUAAUGCUAUUAAAUUUCCUCAUGUAAUAAUUUAUUACAUUACUUCAACUGACAUUUAAAAUGUUUUUUUAAAAAUACAUAUGGCAUUUUAACUUUAUUAUUGAUUUGCUUCUUAAAAAUACUCUAUGUGGAACUGGUGAGUAAAUUACAGAACAUUUUUUUGUAUUGCAGCUUUAAAGUGGCACACUCCAUAAUAAUCUACUUACUAGAAAUAGUGGUGCUACCACAAAAGUGUUAACCAUCAGUACCAAUGUUUGGGAAAAAGAAACAGAUCAAGAAUGCAUAUUAUACAGUGACCGCUUUCCUAGAGUUAAAAAUACCUCCUCUUUGUAAGGUUUGUAGGGUAAAUGUGAGGUAAAUCGAGAUAUAAACUAUGGAUGAACCAAAUAAUUAGUUCAAAGUGUUGUCAUGAUUCCGAAUUUGUGGAGUCUGGUGUUAUUACCAUAGAAUGUGACAGAAGUACAGUCAUAGCUCAGUAGCUAUAUGUAUUUGCCUUUAUGUUAGAAGAGACUUUCUUGAGUGACAUUUUUAAAUAGAGGAGGUAUUCACUAUGUUUUUCUGUAUCACAGCAGCAUUCCUAGUCCUUAGGCCCCUGGACAGAGUGAAAUCAUGAGUAUUUAUGAGUUCAAUAUUGUUCAAAUAAGGCUACAGUAUUUGCUUUUUUGUGUGAAUGUAUUGCAUAUAAUGUUCAAGUAGAUGAUUUUACAUUUAUGGACAUAUGAAACAUCUGAUUACUCCAUUUUAUCAGUCCUGACUGUACAAGAUUGUUGCAAUUUCAGAAUAGCAGUUUUAUGAAAUUGAUUUACCUUUUGAUCUAUAAUAAUUUUUUCUAGCUAUUCAUUUCAGCAUUAUAUUUCCACAAGUUACAUUUGUGGGAUUCCUUUUGUUCCCCUGAAUAUUUUGUCAAAGAAAGAAGUAAGAAAAACAAAAAGCAACUGAGAAUGGAGAGAGGAAAGAAAAAAAAAAAGACAGAAAAGUGAAGGAAGUAAAGAGAGAGGAAAAAAAGGAGGAAAGAAA